AUGACUACUUAUAUUGAAUACGGUGUAAAACUUACAGAUGGACAAAAGUCAAAACUAGCUUCUGCGAUAAUAAAUCAAUCACCACUAACUCUUCGUUUAAAACAUUCUCAUCUUCGAGGUUCUGAUGAGUUAAUGUUGACAAAAAGACAAAUUGAUAAAAUAAAAAAAUCUAUUGCAAACGGUACUGGAUCGGAUAUAAAGAUAAGUAAAACUCAAAUUAGAAAAUCUGUGAAACACGGAGGAAACUUAUUUUCAUCACUUGCUUCUAUUGGAGCGCGAGUACUACCUUACGCAGUAAAAGGAAUUGCAAAAGUUGCUCCUGCAAUAGCAACUGGUGCUGCUACUGCACUUGGAGAAAUAGGAUUAAAUAAAAUAUUCGGAAGUGGGGGACACCUCCCUUUACAAGGAAUCUCAAUUCCCCCAGAGUUUUUCCCAAUGCUACCGCCUAUUGUAAGAGAAUUUACCAAAUCACAAAUAAAUCAAAUUAACAAAGCUUAUCAAUCAGGUAGUGGAGUAGUUAUAAAACCAACUCGUAAACAGAUAGAAGGAGGAUUUUUAGGUACACUUGCUUCUAUUGGUAUUCCAAUAGCAAUUAGUCUGGUAUCUAAGAUGCUUGGAGGAGGACUUCAGGUUGACAGACGUGCGUCAUCUAAUACAGCAAAUGUUUACGUUCCACCCACACAUGGAGAGGGUUAUCCAUAUCGCUCACCACCUUUUAUAGGUACAUGGGAAAACCCUAUAGGAAUGGGAGUUAAAAAAAAAAAGCCGGAAGGCCGUCCAAGUCCAAAGGCAAGGGCCUACUAUUAGGAAAAAACAGCCCAUUCAACUCAAUUUCCAUUCUAGGAACAAUUCUAUAAUUGACCUUAACCAUUCUCAGCUCCAUUUUGUAGUGGGGGAACCUCCCUUAACCAUUCUAAACUCCAUUUUGUAAUUAAACCUCUAUCCAACUUUGACCUCAUGGAAUGGGUAAAAAGAUUUGGUAUUAAACAUUUCAGAGGAAUAUAUAGUCGUGAUGGCCUACCAAAAAAGAUUAGAAAAGAAUGUGGAAUAAUUAAUCUGGAUGAUAUUAGUGGACCUGGAACACACUGGGUUUGUUAUAGAAAUCUGGAUUCAGUGGUUGAGUACUUCGAUCCAUUUGGACUUAUAAUGCCAAACGAAGCAUUAGAGUAUUUUCACACGGGAUCUGUAAAACCUAUUGUGUACUCAAUGGAUGAAAUACAAAAUCGCAGUACUGUUCUAUGUGGUAAUUGGUGUUUAUAUUAUUUAUUCGAGCGACAAAAAGGAAAAGGUAUUCUAGAUGUAAUACAUAGCCCUAAUUUUGAUAAUGAUAACAGCGAUUUUAUAAAGUCAUACUUUGGAGGAUAA